AUGAAUCCAGGAUGGGAAUGGGUGGUGGAUGUGGACAAGAUGCUGGCAGACGACAAUCCUGGGUCCAGGAGGAUGGAGGCAGAGCUAUUGGAGGCCCAAUACGUCUACCGGGUACCAGAGUGGCUUAAGGGCAUGAACACCAAGGCCUACCAUCCUCGGCUCGUGUCUUUGGGUCCCUUCCACCACGGCGACUCCAGUCUGCUGCCCAUGGAGGAGCACAAGCGCCGCGCGUUAGUGCACCUGAUUAAGCGGAGCAACAAGCCGCUCCGGGAUUUCGUCUCUGCCAUCAACGACGUCGCGCACAAGCUCGAGGAAGCAUACGGCAAGGACCUCCAUGUCAAAUGGCGGAACGACAGGCCGAGGUUCGUCGACGUGAUGCUCACAGACGGCUGCUUCCUGCUGGAGAUGAUGAGCCGCCCUUUCUGGGAUUAUGAGCUGCAUGAUGCCGUCUUCAGCAAACACGGAAGAGAACGCAUAUUUCCAGUUAUCCGGUCUGACAUGCUACUAAUUGAGAACCAGCUGCCUCUGCUUGUUCUCAAGAAGAUCCUGGGUGUCGUGCGUCCGAACCAUUCGGAGGCUGCAAUGGAUAGAAAUAUAAACCUCAGGGUGCUGAGUUUUCUAGGCCGGGCGCAUGAAGGUCGUGCCAUCGCGGACGUAUCGCUGAGGCUCCACCCUCUCGAACUUUAUCACAGAAGCCUCACAUACGAUAACGGCGCCCAUGGAGUUUACUCGCGGGAGUACAAGUAUGAAAUGAUGCCCUCAGCAUAUGAAAUCCACGAGGCUGGCAUCAAAUUCAGGAAGAGCAAGACAGACAAGCUGCUCGACAUUCGCUUCAAGCGUGGCGUGCUGAGUAUGCCGGUGAUGAUGGUGGAUGACAGCACCGAGAGCUUGUACCUCAACUUGAUGGCGUUCGAGCGGCUACAUGCCGACGCUGGCGACCUCGUGACGGCCUAUGUGAUCUUCAUGGACAACAUCAUCGUCUCGGCCGACGACGUGGCGAUGUUGAGCAAAAAUGGGGUCCUCAAGAACAUGCUAGGCUGCGAUGAGGAGACGGCGAAGCUGUUCAACGGUACUCUGUCCAGAGGGCAACUUCUGGGCCCGUGCCAUAGUCUCCACAAUGUGCAGUACGAGGCGAGUGCCUACUGCAAGGAGUCGUCGCACAAGUGGCGGGCCACCCUAAUGCGUACCUACUUCAGAAACCCCUGGGCAUUCAUCUCCCUUGCAGCCGCUGCCAACACAUUUCUUUGUACACCUUUUUUCGGCACAUUUCCUUCAUCACCCCCUUCUGCUGAUGUGGCUCAAGUCAACGGUGGUUUUGACCUAGGUGGGGCCCUCUUGUCAGGCACGGCUGAGAUAGAGCUGCCGCUUCGAGCUUCUUCCGUCGGUCAUGGCGCCGCCGCCGUCGAUUUGCUCCGUCCGGCGACCUCCGAGCGACGCCACUGCCCGGGUCUGAACCCCCAUGUCCGGAUCCAUCCAUUCCCGUCGUCCGGCGGCCUCCCCUACCUGCCAACCGCAGUCGCCGUCGCCGUUAACAGCACCAUGGAGCCCUUCGCGUCGACGCUCGAACUCCAGGGCCGACCGCCUCGGAGCCACACGACGCCGGUCGUCCUUGCGGUGUCCUGCUACCUCCCCGCGUCCGGAUCCGUGCCCCUGCGCCGCCCCUUGCCCGGAUCCGGCGGGAUACGGCGAGUCCCGCUGCCGACGUCCCGCAUCGCGCCCAACCCCAUCUAG